AUGAUGAGAGUUAAAGUAUUGGAGGACAAAUCGUGGGAGGUCACGGGGUUUGUUGAAGAACAUACAAAUCAUGUGUUGAGUAGUCCAGACAAAGCAAAGAUGCACAGAUCACACCAACAAUUCCAUAAAUCUCAAAGUUGUAAAAGACUUAUUGAGAGUCUGCAAGAAGAAGGUAUGCCUCCAUCCACUAUUUCUCGCGUCAUUAACGCAACCACUGGAAGAGAAGGCGAAUUAGUGACACCACAACAGUGUAUUGAUCACAUCAGAUACCAGAGAGUCAACAAUAUUGGCCAUGAAUGCAUAUCUAUCAUAAAACAUUUUCAGAGUAUGACAGCAAAUGAUCCAGAAUUCUAUUUUGCAAUAGAAGUGGACAGUAAUGGACAAAUGAGGAGUGUUUUCUGGGCUGAUGAAAGAUCAAGAGCGUCUUAUUUGCAAUUAAGUGAUGUUGUUGUGUUUGAUGUAAUAUACAGAACUAAUAAGUUCAGUCUUCCAUUUGCUCCAUUUACUGGUGCUAUUAUAACAGAUCAGGAUAGAGCCAUGUGUAAUGCUAUUCACUCUGUGUUUCCACUGACAAGACAUCGUUAUUGCUUUUGGCACAUGCAAAAGCACAUUACUGAUCAUUUGCCUACUUUGUGUGAAGGAUAUUGGCUAGAGAUGAAGGAGAAUUUUGAUAUAAAUGAAGAAGGGGAUGGAUGGUUGCAAACUGUUUACAAAUAUCGAGAACAUUGGGUGUCAUGUUAUUUGAAGGACACUUUUUUUGCUGGAAUGAGAUCGAGCCAAAGAAGUGAAAGUAUUAAUGCAUUUUUUGAUGGCCUGUCAUGCUCCUUGGACAUGUUUGAUGUGUUCCAAACUGAAUUCAAAGGAUUUGGUACAGAGUUUUGUGAAGAAUUGAGAAAAGAUGGGGACAUUGUUGAAUACAAGAUUUGUAAGUUUGCAGAUAGAGGAAAAUGGGAGGUGGUUACUUAUAAACAAUCCAGUAAGAUGCAAUUCAUUUGUACUUGUGCUUUGUUUGAAACUAAUGGUGUUGUAUGUAGACAUAUAUUAUCACUAAUGAUGGCUAUGCAAAUUUCUUCAUUACCUGAUCAUUACAUCCUACACCGUUGGACUAUACAUGCUCGACAUCAACAUUGGGGGGUUGGCAAUAUUGUAUUUGGAAGAAACCUCACAAGCUGUGAAGAGAAGAUUAAUUUGUUGAAAUCUUGGGCUUUAAGAGCAAAAUUCAAUAAUGCGCUCGAGCUUGCAUUUGAUUCAGAAGAGAGGAUGCAGAAAUUAGAUAAUGUGUUAACAAAAUUCAUAGAAUCACUUGAAGAAGAAGUUAGAGAAACAGAAGAUAAUCCUCAGAUUUCAGCAUCCGUUUCACAUACAAUGGAGCACAUUCCUCAGAAUACAGUUCGUGAUCCUGAAAAAUCUGUAAGGACUAAAGGUCGGCCACACAAUGCUACUAGAAUUCAGUCAGGCUUAGAACAAGCACAAGAAAAAAGAGAGAGGAAGAAGCGUAUAUGUAGCAGAUGUGGUGAACUCGGGCAUUAUAGAAUUAGCUGUAAAGUUAAUUUGCCAAGUUGUUCUAAUUUCAAACUUGCACUCACUAAUUUCAAAUAUAGUAUAUGCUUCCAUUUAUUGCUCUCUUGUGUUAUGAUUAAUCUCAAAAUAAGACCAGUAAGAGCAAUCAUCGAUAUCUGCAAGCUGGGUAGAUUGCAAGCUGGGUAUGAAGUGCAUUUUGUUUGUUGA